AUGAAUCUCCGAUUAGCCGCCCGGCGGCUGGCAGUAUCAGCAAGGACCGCGCAACCUGUAUCCAGCACACCCGCCCCGGUCUUCUCUGCAACAGUAGGGCCCUCCGUACAGCGACGACACAAAUGGGCCUCAAAUCUCUUCAAGGGAUGGGGCAAGCCUCGAAACAAGGACGCCGGAACAGUAGCGAGCCUGGACCCCACCUCUCAGCUCGACAAUCCUAAGAGUCGUGAAGAAUAUCUCCAGAAGAGCAUGUAUAGCGGUGUUGAGGACAACAUUUUCCAGGAUGAGAUUGAAACAUCCAGCACCGAAGCCGCACCUGGCUCCCCCGAGACUGAGCAAAAGACCAAAGAGAACAUGGCCCUGGUUGUGGACCCCGACCCUCGGAGCCGUGUACGCUGGCAACGGAAGAAGGUUAUCCAGAUGGUUCAGCGCAAUGGCCGCCUGACGAGGGAGGAGCGUAUUCAGAUGACAGAGCGACAACUCUUGCACAAGAGCGAAUUCCUGCCCACAAGUCUCAAGAAGCUCGUCAUGCUGGCCCGCCAGAUCGCUGGUAAGAACGUUGACGAUGCCAUUCUGCAAAUGAAGUGGUCCAAGAAGAAGAUGGCGGCCGAGGUUGGAUACUACCUCGAGGAGGCUCGCGAUUUGGCCAUUGCCCAGCGUGGUAUGGGGCUCGGAAAGGUCAACAACGAAACUCUGAGAACCCCUAAGAAGAUUCAAACAGUCGAUGGCAAGUGGCUUGAGAUUGAGGAUCCUACACGCAUGUACAUUGCUCAGUCAUGGAUUGGAAGAGGUCCUUGGCGAGGAAAGAAGAUCGAUUACAAGGGUCGUGGACGUAUGGGUAUCAUCAAGCAUCCCAGCACAAGUCUAACGGUUCUACUGAAGGAGGAGAAGACAAGAAUACGAGAAUAUGAGGAGCGAGUGGCCAAGAAGAACAAAAAGGGACCUUGGGUGCAUCUACCCAACCGACCAGUAUAUGGACAAAGACCAUACUAUUCAUGGUAA